GUCCAGUCGUCUCAUACAGGCAACCUAAAAUGGCGUCCGCUCCCGCAGAUUACAGUUCCUACAGCCAGGCCAGUGCACAGCAGGGGUAUGCUUCCUAUGCUGCCCAGCCGUCCCAGAGCUAUGGACAGUCUGCACAGCAGCAAAGCUACAGCCAGCAGAAUUAUGGCUCAUAUGCCCAACCUGCUGCUGCGGCUGCAGACAGCAGUUACACCCAGACUACACCUGCAACUGGAGGAUAUGCACAGCAGCAGCAGCAAUAUGGAUCCUCUUAUGGCCAACAAGCAUCAGCUGGUUACCCUGCUGCUCAGUCGACUGGCUACUCACAGCCAGCCCAGGGCUAUGGAGCCAGUGGUUAUGAUAAUACUCCUGCAGCGGCUGCUGCUCCAGCUGCAUCCCAAUCUUACGGUUCUCAACCAGGAUAUGCAGCCCAGUCUGCCUACCCUGGAUAUGGUCAGCAGGCUGCUCCUGCUGCUCCUCAGAGUUACAGUGCUAACAGCCAGCCGGCAAGUUACAGCCAGAGCAGCUAUUCCCAGCCUGCGUCAUACGGACAGCAACAGGCUGGCUACCAAGGUCAACAAGCAGGCUACAGCCAGCAGCAGGGCUACAGCCAGCAGACGACACAACAGCAGCAAGCUCCUCCUGCUUACCCUCCUCAGGCUGCUGGUUCCUACGGGCAGCCUCCAGCAAGUCAGUACAACCAGCAAGGUGGACCACCCAGUUACAGCCAGUCAAGUCAUUACAGUAAUUACAGACAAGAUGGCCAGGGUGGAGGUUCUGGUUACCCUGGCUCUGAGCCUGGAAGGUACCCAGGGGGAGAUGGUAGGGGCCCAGGCAGGGAUGGCUUUGACCGAGGUGGAAUGAUGCAUCGUGGGCGUGGAGGCAUGGGGCGUGGAAUGGGCAGCGCUGGAGACAGAGGUGGCUUCAGUAAGCCUGGUGGACCUAUGAACAGCGACGAACGUGAAAUGGGACGUCCAGAAGAACAAGAUGACUCGGAGAACAGCACAAUUUACAUCACAGGGUUGACUGAAAAGGCUAACCUGGAAGAGAUGGCUGAAUUCUUUAAGCACGUUGGCCCAAUAAGGACAAAUCGCAGACUGGGUCAGCCUGCUAUCAACAUCUAUACAGACAAGGAGUCAGGAAAGCCAAAGGGAGAUGCCACUCUCUCUUAUGAAGAGCCUAUCUGUGCAAAAGCAGCUGUGGAGCAUUUUGAUGGAAAAGAGUUCCAAGGCCGAAGGCUGAAGGUGUCCAUGGCACGGCGAAAACCCAUGAUGGGUGGAAUGAGAGGUGGCAUGCCAAUGCGUGAUGGGAUGAUGGGAAGAGGAGGCAUGAUGGGCCGUGGAGGAGACCGUGGGGGCUUUGGCCCACGAGGCGGUCCACGUGGUAUGGGCAGAGGUGGACCCACUGGAGGAAACAUGCAGCAGCGAGCUGGGGACUGGGAGUGUCCUAAUCCUGGUUGUGGCAACCAAAACUUUGCCUGGAGGAUGGAAUGUAACCAGUGCAAAGCUCCCAAACCAGAGGGAUUGGGUGGCGGCCCUCCCUUCCCCCCUGGAGGUGACAGAGGCAGGGGAGGAAUGGGAAUGCGUGGCGGCAGAGGGAUGGACCGCGGUGGGCCAGCAGGAGUCGGAGGCCCAGGUGGCCCUGGAGGUUUCCGUGGAGGCUGGGGAGGGGACCGUGGUGGAUUCAGAGGACGUGGAGGAAUGGACAGGGGAGGAUUCCGUGGAGCUGGGCGUGGAGGGCCACCUAUGGACCGGAUGGGUGGCAGAGGCGGAAGAGGAAUGGGACCACCAGGUGGCAAGAUGGACAUGAGGGACCAUCGCCAGGAGCGCAGAGACCGACCUUACUGAAGACGUUCUUGACUGUUCCCCUUGUGGAAUUUGAUUUUUAAAAGAAUUUUAAUUUAUGAUUCCAUAUUUUGAUGGUUAUAGAACUGCUUUCAAACACCCUGUGCAGUUGGUCGUCUCGUGGUUCCAUUUGUUUUUUUUAUUUUAGAUUAUCUGUGUUUAUGCUACGUUAUUUUUAGUGCAUGUUCAUUUUUCUUUUUUUUAUAAUUAGGUUGACAUUGUAUCGUUAACUGCAAUAUUUUUCAUUGAUCAAUGUAUUGCCUCCCUUUUCCAGCAAUCCACUAUUGUAUGCUGAUAACCUCAGAAAAUAAAAUUUUAUUGCUUUGA